GGGGAGGGCUCUGCCGGCUUCUGACUCACUCCCACCUUCUGGGACUGCGUGAUCCCGCGCGGGCCCCGCGUUGCAUCAUCUCAGCAGACGGUGGCAGAGAAGUCUGCGCGCGGCGAGAUCCUCUACUCCGAGGUCGGACCCACCACUCACGACUCUCCUCGCCCUUCUCGCACUGUCCUGAAGGCAUAACUGGAAGACACCGCUAGCUUCACCAGAUCCAUUCAUUGGGAACCAGUCUUUCUCAGGUCCCAAGUUCCCGGCCUCCCGCUGCUUGCAGCGUUGGGCAGCGCCAUGGAGAAGAGCAGCGAGACCAACGGCUACUUAGACAGCGCCCAAGCGGGGCCUGCAGGGGGACCCGGCGCCCCGGGGACCGCAGCGGGACGCGCGCGGCGCUGCGCCGGCUUCCUGCGGCGCCACGCGCUGGUGUUGCUCACCGUGUCCGGGGUGCUGGCGGGCGCGGGCUUGGGCGCGGCGCUUCGCAAGCUCAAGCUGAGCCCCACGCAGGUCAUCUACCUGGCUUUCCCUGGCGAGAUGCUGCUCCGCAUGCUGCGCAUGAUCAUCCUGCCGCUAGUGGUCUGCAGCCUGGUGUCUGGGGCUGCCUCUCUCGAUGCCAGCUCCCUCGGGAGGCUGGGCGGCAUCGCCGUUGCCUACUUUGGCCUCACCACCCUGGGUGCCUCGGCUCUCGCCGUCGCCUUGGCGUUCAUCAUCAAGCCAGGGUCUGAUGCGCAGUCCCUUCAGUCCAGCGGUCUGGACCUGAAGGAGUCGGGGCCUCCGCCCAUCCCCAAAGAAACAGUGGACUCUUUCCUCGACCUGGUCAGAAACCUGUUUCCCUCAAAUCUUGUGGUUGCAUCAUUCCGCACAUACGCUACCAAUUAUAAUGUGGUCAACCACACCAGCUUUGGAAAUGUGUCUGAAAAGAUCCCCAUUGGUACCGAGAUCGAAGGGAUGAACAUUUUAGGAUUGGUCCUUUUUGCCCUAGUCUUAGGAGUGGCCCUUAAGAAACUGGGCUCUGAAGGAGAAGAGCUCAUCCGUUUCUUCAGUUCCUUCAACGAGGCAACAAUGGUGCUGGUGUCAUGGAUUAUGUGGUAUGUACCUGUGGGGAUCAUGUUCCUAGUUGGAAGCAAGAUCGUGGAAAUGAAGGACAUCAUUGUGCUGGUGACCAGUCUUGGGAAAUAUAUCUUCGCAUCUAUACUGGGCCACAUUAUUCAUGGAGUAAUUGUUCUGCCACUUAUUUAUUUUGUUUUCACACGAAAAAACCCAUUCAGAUUCCUCCUGGGCCUUCUCACGCCAUUUGCAACAGCAUUUGCCACCUGCUCCAGCUCAGCAACCCUUCCUUCCAUGAUAAAGUGCAUUGAAGAAAACAAUGGUGUAGACAAGAGGAUCAGCAGGUUUAUUCUUCCCAUUGGGGCCACUGUGAACAUGGACGGGGCAGCCAUCUUCCAAUGUGUGGCUGCGGUGUUCAUUGCCCAACUCAACAACGUGGAGCUGAAUGCAGGACAGAUUUUCACGAUUCUAGUGACCGCCACAGCAUCCAGUGUUGGAGCAGCAGGCGUGCCAGCUGGAGGGGUCCUCACCAUUGCCAUUAUCCUGGAAGCCAUUGGCCUGCCCACCCAAGACCUCUCUCUAAUCCUGGCUGUGGACUGGAUUGUGGACCGGACCACCACUGUGGUGAACGUGGAAGGGGAUGCCCUGGGCGCAGGCAUUCUCCACCACCUGAAUCAGAAGGCCAUGAAGAGAGGAGAGCAGGAACUGAGUGAGGUGAAAGUGGAAGCCGUCCCCAACUGCAAGUCCGAGGAGGAGACGUCACCCCUGGUGACACACCAGAACCCCGUCGGGCCUGUGGCCAGUGCCCCAGAAGUGGAGUCCAAGGAGUCGGUGCUGUGAGGGGGCUGGGCCACAGGCUGGCACCCACCCCAUUAGACAUGGGCACAGGCCCUCACAGAUUUUUAGUCUCCCGAGCAAUGCUUUGGCCCAGUCACCAGUUUGAGGCUGUCCUCUCUACAUAGGCAUUGGGGUCCCCAGCAGGAACUGGUUACAGAGGACCAGGACACUCUCACAUUUGGCUUGAUCCAGUCCAGGUGCAGCAGCAGGUGCACCAGGGCUGUUUGGAAAAUGCCCUCUUGAGCUGCCAAGCUUGAGGAGUCCCAGGCUCCCCAGGACCUAUGGACAAAGCUUGGGAAAACACAGGCAUAUUCUUCUUCAUUGCCCCUGGUCAGCUCUGCAUUGGGUACUUCUGGGCAAAACAAGGAGGGCUGCAGUCAUCUGUCACGUUUCCUCAUGAACAAUAGUAAUUGGAGAAAUUCCCAAAUUCUUACCGUUGGCCAGAAUUUGCCAAGCUGGGCCUCAGGUGUUUAAAGAGUUGCAGUGCAACUAAGUGUGGGUGGCUUCUGGGGGAGCCACAGUGCUGCCCAGUGUCAAGCUAGAACUACUCCAGGUGGUGGUAGCACUGCUGAGGUCUCAGGUCAGAAGCGUUAAGGAACAAUUUAAAUUCUGAGGUCAAAGGAAGGAGAGGGAGAGCAGGCAGGGGCGUGAGGGUUCUCUAAUCGGGACGAGACACACACGUGUCCCCUUCCCAUCUCAGCCCUGGGCACCUUUCGGCUUGAGGCCUGAGCCUCUCACAGGACUUCAGCUGUAUCUCCAUCCACUCUGAUUUGCCAGCAGCCAGAGGAGCCUCUCUCCAGGAAUGUGUGAGAUGUCAUCACAUCUACCACCUAUGUUGGUUUGCCUUAUAAUUUGAGUGGACCCUCCCUAAAAUGCUUCAUGACAGCAAAAACAAAGCUGCAAAGACAAACCCACCCCCUACAAAUAAAUCCAUACACUAGUUGAGGUGGGGUGCCUCUGAUCCUGGGCCCCCUGGCUUUUGGCUGAUGCCCAAGGGUAAGGACCCCCUGCCUGCCAGUACAUCAAAGUUUAAAAUUCUCAGCAAAAUGGUCCAUGCUCCUCCUACCUGGUGCCUCAGUUUUUAUUAGGGGAGGGGGCUCCUAGAAAAUGGUGUGUUACUAGUGAAGGGAAGACCCAAGCGUCUGCUGCUUUACUGUGGCUGUUGGUGUACUCAUGGUGGGACCUGCAGCAAGUUUUGGGGCCUCACUUUACCCUUUGUAAAAUGGAGCUAAUGUCACCUGCCUCUUACCUACCUCAAAGGGAUCUGGUGAGGCAAACUGUAAAUCCAUGAAAACGAUCAUUUCAUUUCUUAGCUAUCAAACACUGACCCCCGCAAGAGCAUUUCAUCUUUCCAAGAAUGAAGUGACAGCCUUCUCCUCGGAGGCUUCGUCUUCCUGGUGACAGCAGUUUUCCUGAGCAGGCUCUGUUCUUUCAUGCAUUAGAACGGUUAUCAUGGCGCUAGUUCUCUGCAUGGUUACCUGCAUCAAUGCAGCCUCUUCCUGAUGCCCUUCAUCUUUUAAUGGGUUAGCAAUGCACCUUGUGCUACAUUUCUGGGUUCCUGACUUCACUGUGGUUCUCAGCCCCAGGCAGUUUCUGUCACCCACUCACAACAGGCUGUUAAAGCCCCCAAGUGCUCAGCCUCCUUCAUUCUCGUGUUCCCUGUUGUGUGUACCACACUGGCCCUACAUUUUAAAUGGGGGUCCUGUGCCCAAGUGGAAGGGGUAGGAAGAGCCAGGAGGCAGAGGGCUGAUCCAGCCCGUAGGCAGGCCCAGCUCUCCUAAACCAGCUAAGCCACUCCAGUAUCCCAUGCAGCCAGAAGGGACCAGGAACUGAGCAGCGAGGUCCCUGGAAGCGUUUACCCUCUGGCUAGAGCUUGUUGCCAGUAUCCGUCUGAUUUCAAAGGGGAAACAAUCACACUGAUUCCAAACUGUAAAUGGACAUCCACUAUUUUUCAGGCUUCAGUGACUCUUUUCUUUCAUGUAUAUUAUGUGUGUGUGUAUACCCAUCCAUGUAUGUGUGUGAGUGUGUAUUGUUUUAGCUCCAAUCCAAGCCAGUUUGAGUUUGGAUGGAGAAGCCCUGCACUGUAAAUUGUAUGUUUUUGGCGUUCUGAUUUUCUCAUUUCUGAAGAGGACUCAUACAAAGCCAGGAGAUUAGAUCUGGCCAGUGAAGCCCACUGGUUAAACAGUUACACCACCAUGGUCUGGAAAAGCUGCUUCUGUGUGACACUCUGGACGCCCCCCCCCCCCUGGAGCCAGUAGAGGAGGGAGAAGGUGCUGAGUCUCCCUGUUUCUCCAUUCACAGAGGGGUCAAUAGACCAGGGUAACAACUGGGGAAAAUUCCACUGUGCAGUGUCUGAAAUGUCUCCCCUGCCCUUCUCUUUCCAACAUGUUGCUGUAAAUUCUGUUCACUGUUCAUUUCUGACUAUUUUGUACAUGUGACACUUGCCUUAAGAUCUAGUAGUCCUCAAAGAUAAAUACAGUAUUUCUACUGGGU